UCUCCCUAUAGAUGCUGCCUGGCCUGCUGUGUUCCACCAGCAUUUUGUGUGUGUUGCUCUUGCAUUUAGAAAGUUUUUUUUCAGCAUGGAAUCAGGCACUUUGGUCUCUGCUGACCAACUUGCUGACCUAAGUUGGCCCAUUUGUCUGGAAUUGGCUAUUUCUCUAAACCUUUCCUGCCUGUGCACGUGUGUCAAAGUGUCCUUUAAGUGUAAUUGUAUCUGCCUUCACUUCCUUCUCCAGGUCGUAAUUUUCAGCAUCUGCAGAUUUCCUCGUGUUUGCACUAUCAUAACAUUGCUCUUUUGACACACAUUUUCUAUCUUCCUUUGUAAUUUGUAGACUACAUCUUUACUACUUUUUGCUGGACUAGAUAUAACUCCCAUCAGGGUCUUUUUUCCCUUGCAGAUAAUUAGUUCCACCCACAAUGAUUCCGAUCCUAUGACACCUUUUUCUAAUGAUUUGAUUUCAUUUCUUACCAACAGAGCCAAGUCUCUCUCUCUUCCUUCCUGCCUGUCCUUUCAUUACAAUGUGUGUCCUUGGACAUUAAGCUCUCAGCUAUAAUUUUCUUUCAGCCAUGAUUCAGUAAUGCCUACAUCAUCCUUGCCGAUCUGUUUCUGUAACUGUGCCACAAUUUCAUUUCCUUAUUCUGCAUACUGCACACCGUCAAACGUAAAAUCUUCAGUCCUGUGUUCACCCUUUUCGAUUUUGUCCCCCUUUUACAUUGCAACUCAUCCUGUUGACUGCAAUUUGUUGUAUCAUCAGCUUCUCUUUGUUUGCAGGCUCACUACACACUGCCUCAGUUUGUAAACCAACUAGCCCAUCUUCAGCUGUAUCGCUCUGUUUCUCAAACCCCUGCCAAAUUAGUUUAAACCUUCCUGACCAGCUCUUGGUCCUUUUGCCAAGCUCCUCACUAUACACAAUUUGACCAAUUUUCAUGUCCUCUGCAAAUACUAAUGAAGCCACCCAUGAUUUUGUCCACAUUGUUUAAAUAUCUGGAUAUUCUUUAGUAUUUAACUUCGGAGUACUGUAUUUAAAAUAUUUACAACUUGAUGCUUUUCUUUUUAAAAAGGUGCAAGGAGCAAUGCUUCAAGAAGGCGGCAUCCAUCACUAAAGACCCCCAUCACCCAGGAAAUGUCCUCUUCUCAUUUUUACCAUCAGGAAGGAGGGCCAGUAUUUCGUGUGAAUCGGAAUUAAUCAAUAGGAAUGGAGGUCGGGACGGCUGCUGACUUCCAGCAUUGCGCCCCUGCAAUAAGCCGGGAGUGAGGUCUAAGGAGGACAAGAGGAGCGACGCACCGACACCACGGGCAUCCACAGCCCUUCACUCACAUGGUUAGAGUACCCAUGUUCCAUAUCAUGCAUCCUGGCUGAGGUCACACAGAGCAUCAGCUUUUGAUACACCAAGUGUGUUCUUAUAAUCGUUGCCUGGAGGUGUAUGAAAUAAACUCAGGUCACAAUUUUUCCUCCCAAGUCAGAAAAGGUAAUUUUGUGGUUCAGGUACUGCUUCCUUAAGUUACUGUAGUGAGGCCAAAACUAAGGUAGCAGACACACAAGCUGACUGGCUCCAUGUUUCAUACAAUUUGACUGUGGAACGUUAUGGAGAAGACUUUAUCUUGAAGGUCCAUGCAAAACUCGUUGACUGUGAAUGAAAGUGACUGCAGACAUUUCUAUCAUCAUUAUUAUGAUUGUUGUUAUCAUUAAAGGCCAUGGCCACAGCAUCAAGAGGAGCUCCUCCACAGCCACCGGCAGCUAAGAGUGUGAUAGUUUACCGAAAUGGGGAUCCAUUCUUCACUGGCAGAAGGUUUCUCAUCAACAAACAAGUCUCCACCUUUGACACUUUCCUUAAUCAGGUCACCAAGGGCAUUAAUGCACCCUUUGGGGCAGUCAGGAACAUCUACACUCCUAAGGAGGGUCACAAAGUCUUUGAUCUGGAUGAACUAGAAAAUGGCGGCAGCUAUGUGGCUGCAGGAGUGGAGAAGUUUAAAACCCUGGAUUAUUUACAAAUUACAACAAAGAAGCCACAGAAAAAGAUAAAUGAAAUGAUUCGACCAGUUGUUCACAGCCGAAUUAUUGUUUCUGCACGAUGGAAGAAAUACAAUUAUGAACCAUAUACCAUCAAAAACUCCAGCCUUUGCUGUUCUGCCGUCAUCCCUGCUGGUGUCCCCUUCCAAUCAACUUUGGACAGCUCCAGUUUCACGCCUCUCAUCUUUACCAAUGGAGACCUGCUGAUACCCCCUGUGAGAUUGCUUCUACCAAAACAUACAGUCCAAGACUGGAACCGUGUCCUUGCCUCGAUCACAGAAAAAGUUCACUUACGCACUGGAGCUGUUCAGAGACUCUGUACACUGGAUGGAAGGCCCUUGCUUGGUGCGGCUGAAUUAGAAAAUAACCAAUAUUACGUGGCUGUUGGAUCAGAGAAAUUCAAGAAGCUGCCCUAUUAUCAGGUCCUGUCAAAGAAAAUUACAGUACGAGAGACACAAGGUUUUUCAUUUCCUUACAGAUUUCAUUCUGAUCUGCUUCCUCCAAUCCGAAGAGGCCAAAAGACCAGAGGAAAGUUUGAGCUGCAUGACAUAUCCCAUGGUGAAUCAAGUGAUUCUGGAUUUUUGUCCUCUCCCCAACAGUCUGAAGGUGAUAGCUCCCAUUCUACAGCAGAUGGACAAGUACUUGUGGGAGCUCCACAAAUGGUUCAAGGGCAAUCAAAAUAUCUGGAAGCAAAACCAUCCAGGGAGAAAAAUUCAAUUUUUCGUGCAAAGCCCAUGAAGGUCAAACACCACAAGCAUUCAACUGGCCCUUUGGCAAAAUACGAAGAUAAUGGAGUGUUUAAAGCUCAAGAUCCUCGGAAAGAAACCCAAGAUGCUGCUGAGGUGAGGGAAGAUGCAGACAUGAGAGUGGAUCUACCUAUUGAUCAGGUCCCCGCUGAGAUUGUUCAUGAGGAAGAAAUUCCACCUUAUGACAAUGAUACAUCCGCAAAUAACCAUAAAGAUGAAGAUCUACUUCAUGGAAUGGAAGAUUAUGGGAUGAUAAAAGAGCAGUGGAAUGAUCCAAAUGGGUGGACAGGGGAUGAAGAUGGACUGGUAGAAAAUAUUCAAGAAUACAGUAAAACUAAAGAGGAUGGUCUGCCUAAUAAUACUGACCAUAGUACCAGAGUAUUGGAGAAUUCAGAUGCACUACCCUCAUCAACAGAUGGACUUUAUCAUGGACAAGAGGAUGCAGGGAAUGAAGUCUAUCACACAACCCAUGAUGAUGAAAUUGCAGGUGUGGCUUCAGAACAAUCUACUCAGAAAGACCCAGUAUCACUUAAGUCUGAAAGAUGGCAUGAACCUGCAGAGAAGCAAGAGCAUGUUGAUGAAGUAUCAGAGUUAGAUAAGAUGGUUAUGAAAAUAACAAAUGAGGACUGUGGCCCGUGCUGCAGACCCUAACCGAAUGAUAAGGAUUUAACAUUGAAAAAAAGUUAUUUGCAAGAGAAACAAAGAUAGAUCUUCAAGAGAUAUUGUCAGCAUUGGUGGGCAGUCAUCCGGUGAAGGAUCGAUAUGCUUUUAGUUGAAGCUGCAGCUCUCAGAUGCUUAUUAAAAUGAUUCUUUUAAAUGUAUUAAUUUUCAAAAAAUCAAGCAUGCUUUGUGCAUCCCCAAUGCAGCUUGACUAAUAUAUUUGUUAGUAAGAUUUCAUUAUUGUAUAACAGCUGAGGAUAUAACUUUCACUAAAUAUUUUGUUGAUUAGUCUUUUUUUAAAUCUUCUGAUGAAUUAUUUCUGUUUUGCAUAAUCAGCUGGCUAUCUGUAAAAUAUAAUUGCACUUGCAAGAAGAUUACAGUCUCAGGCGAUGAAUUAAAUUGAUGGUCAUAUUGAGAAGAAUAAAGUAAUAACUUUAAUUAGCAUAACAUUCUUCUUUGUCACAGUUUAAUGAAUUUUAUACAUAACGAGAAGGCUUUUGUUGUAUACUCAUGUGGCUUAAAGGAUUGCAAUGACACAAACUGAACAAGUAUGUUAUUAGCACCAAACACUUACUUGCCAAGCGAAGUUUAUGUCUGGACUGAUCUCAGUAAUGGAGUCUUUAAUUUGCAAAAUCUGUUUAAUUUGUGAAUAGCAUUAUGUUAGUUGUAAUUCAUAAGAAAUCACAGAUCAAUUAAGAAUAUUAGAUCCUUGUGUGUUGAAUUUUAAAUGCGUAAACUCUGAGAUGUUCACAAUAAAGUAAUAAAAGAGGUUUGGAAACUUG